AUGCUUCCCCAUUUCCCCGUUUCCUUUCUCUUCCUGACUGCAGGCGUGUUGGGUUCUCCUAUGUAUGACAUGAUGAUUUAUCCCCCAAUGUACGUGCGUGAUACAUUUGGAACGUUCAACCACACACAGGACCUGUUCGCCUCGACCGUCAUCCCAAUCUUCGAUGUCCAGCCUGUGAUGGCCGAGAUAGAAGGUCUCCAACUAAAAUACCAGGAUGCUCUUGAUUUCUUGAGUGGCAAGAACCUCGUGGCACUACCAGACGCUCUUUCAGAUCCCGGGCUUGACGCUCUGUCAGACGCAGCGUUUACCGAUACGACGAGCGACCUAUCUGGUUUUGUGUUAUUCGGAUCAACCACGAUAUCACAGCAGGCGAACAUGAGCUUUUCUAGGAUGAAUGCCGCUGCUCAGAGCGCGACAGACCCCCUGACAGACGAGAUGCAGAAGAUCAUUCAUGUCCCGUUCUUCGGCCAACUUGAAUUUGGGAAGAAGGCACAACAACUCUCCGUGGCCUUUGACACGGGUUCUUCAGAUAUGUGGGUUCCUGCGAACUGCGGCGAUUGCGGGACCCCGCAAUAUAACGCCGCUGCGAGUUCGACAUACAGGGAUACUGGGAACGCGUUCAAUAUGAAUUACGAUGGCAUCAGUUAUGUAGAAGGGACUCUUGCGUAUGAUACGAUUGGCAUGGGCAGCUUAAAGGUCAACGACCAAUAUUUUGGUGCUGUCACUGAUGUGUCGCGUAACUUCAAUGCCGACAUGAUCUCCGGGUGUCUGGGGCUUGGUUUCAGCUCCAUCGCGACGUCAGGGAAGCCAACGUUCUUCGAGAAUUUGAUCAUGCAGGAAAAGAUCGAAGCACCAUUCUUCUCUGUGCAUUUAACGAGAGGAAAGACGCGUGGGUCGAAGAUAACUUUGGGUGGUUACGACAUGUCCAAGGCGGUGGGACCUAUGACAUGGGUCUCGGUCAUUUCCAAGACCUACUGGACAGUGCAUUUCGACGGAGCUGUUGUCGGAGGGAACUAUGUGUCUGGUAACGUCGAUGCGGUGAUUGACACAGGUUCUAGUUUUAUCUACGUUUCACAGACAUUGGCAUCUUCGAUCUACGCCAAUGUCAAUACUCGGGGCUGGCCCCGCAGCAAACUACAAGCUCUGGCUUCUUCUCCUAUCCGUGCGACUCCAACACCACGAUUUCAUUCUCGCUUGGCGGGCACGGAUUUCGGACUUAGUAUCCAGGACUUUAACCUCGGACAAGAUGGUCAUGGGUCAACAAACUGCAUCGGCGGAAUCAUUGGCCUGGACGAUGCAUUCAUGGAAGGAAUUGUUAUUAUCGGGCAUGAGUUUAUGAAAUCAUGGUACUCGGUAUUUGACUACUCGCACGGGGCGCGGGUGGGUUUCGCGCCUAGCAUCAAUAAUGCGCAGUAAAAUAUUUUGUAUAAUUGAUACCCAUGCUCGGAUAUAUAGAGUGUCUUGGUUGGGAAGAUUAUUGCUUCGACGGAACUCCACCAGCGUUCUGAAUAUUUGAAAUGUAAC